AUGGGCGGCGACCGUACUCCACAGCUGGAGCUGGCCUCAGCUGCCGCUGCGACCUCCAACUACCCUGCCCAGGCCACUGCCCCCAUUGGCAAGCGAAUAAGCAAGAUCUAUAAGGAGAGAAUUGCACAAUUCUAUUCUACAGGGCAAUGGGAGAAGCAGAACUUGCUGGCAAUGAUGUACGAGGGCAAGGCCUCGGGUGCUCCUCACGUCCAGCUAUCGACCUGGGCCGCUCCAGGUCUUACAAGGCCCACUUUCGACGCAGCCAUGAAAGGCACUUAUAGACCAACAAGCGUCGGAGAGGCGUUUGGUCCAUCAUGGUCGACCCAUUGGUUCAAGGUCAUCAUCAAAGUUCCGAAGGAUCUUCUCGACAAGGAGCAUCUAGAGUUCCAGUGGGAUGGCAACAAUGAAGGUCUGAUCUGGACUGCAGAUGGAAAGCCGCUCCAAGGUCUGACCGGCGGCGGCGAGCGUACCGAGUGGAUUCUACCCAAAGCGUUCCGCGAUGGCAAGGAACAUACCAUCUACAUUGAAAUGGCCUGCAACGGCAUGUUUGGCAAUGCACCCGGAGGCGACUCCAUUCAGCCUCCUAACCCCAAUAAGUACUUUCAAUUAUCCAGGGCCGAAAUAUGUGCCGUGAACAUGGAUGCCCGCCAGCUUUGGAUCGACACAUGGAUCAUUGGCGACGCAGCAAGAGAGUUCCCCGAGGAUUCGUGGGAACAGCACAAGGCAUUAAAUGUUGCGACCAAUAUCAUUGACACUUUCAAGCUCGGUGACAAGGAAUCCCUGAAGGAGUGCCGUAAGAUUGCCGAAGAGUACAUUGGCUCAAAAGUAAACUCUGCCGAUGUUUACAAAACCGACACCGUACCUCAAGUUUACGGCAUUGGCCAUUGCCAUAUUGAUACCUGCUGGCUUUGGCCAUGGGCCGAAACCAAACGCAAGGUGGCUCGAUCCUGGUCAAAUCAAUGUGAUCUGAUGGAGCGUUACCCGGAACUGAACUUUGCCUGUUCACAGGCUCAACAGUACAAGUGGCUCAAGAUGUACUACCCUUACGUAUUUGACCGUGUUAAGACAAAGGUCAAGGAGGGCCAGUUCCAUCCGAUUGGUGGUAGCUGGGUCGAGCACGACACCAACAUGCCAAGUGGCGAGUCACUGGUCCGCCAAUUCCUUUACGGUCAGCGCUUCUUCCAGGGACACUUUGGAGAACGGUGUCGAACGUUCUGGCUGCCAGACACCUUUGGGUACUCGAGCCAGUUGCCUCAGCUAUGUCGUCUGGCUGGCAUGGAGCGGUUCCUUACUCAGAAACUGAGCUGGAACAAUAUCAACAACUUCCCGCACACAACUUUCAACUGGGUGUCACUUGAUGGCAGUCAAGUCAUCUGCCAUAUGCCGCCUUCAGAGACAUACACCGCCGAGGCUCACUUUGGCGAUGUGAGCCGAAGUGUUUCCAGGCACAAGUCCAUGGAUCAAGACCACACGUCACUGCUGGUCUUUGGCAAGGGUGAUGGUGGCGGUGGACCAACCUGGCAGCACAUUGAGAAGCUCCGCCGAUGCCGUGGAAUCAGCGAUGAAGUCGGUCGUCUUCCUCGUGUCCAUAUGGGCAGCACUGUCGACCAAUUCUUUGAUAAAUUGCAGGAAAAGGGCACGUCCUUGGUCACAUGGUAUGGCGAGUUGUAUUUCGAGCUUCAUCGUGGUACCUACACAACUCAGGCCAACAACAAGUUGAACAACCGCCGUUCAGAGGUCUUGAUGAAGGAUCUCGAAUUGUUAGCCACCAUUGCAUCGCUUGAACACAAGAGCUACACCUACCCCAAGGCUGAGUUUGACGAGAUUUGGGAGGGAAUUCUUCUCUGUCAGUUCCAUGACUGUCUUCCAGGAAGCUCGAUUGAAAUGUGUUACGACGAUUCUGAUGAACUGUACAAGCGUAUUUUCGAGAUUGGACAGGGCGUGCUCAAGGACAUUUACAAGCUGUAUGGCUUCCCUGAGGUGCAGCCUACGUCAGUCACGGAUGCCGUGGCUCUGAACACCCUCCCAUGGCACCGAAAGGAAGUCGUCGACAUUUCUGAAUCCGAGUGUGGAGUUGCAUGCGGAUCAGGCAACAUCCUCAACGUCAAGUCUUUCAAGACUGGCGAGAAGAAGGCCGUGACUGUCAAAGAGGUCAGCAAGGGCAUCUUCGUCAUGGAAAACGACCAGCUCACUGUCACGGUCGAAGCCGGAACUGUCACAUCUCUCGUGGAUCGAAGAAAUGGACGUGAAGUCAUUGCCAAGGGCGGCAAGGCUAACCAAUUCGUAAUCUUUGAUGAUAAGCCACUUUACUGGCAAGCCUGGGACGUCGAGGUGUAUCACCUGGAUACUCGAAAGGAACUUCCAUCGGGCCAGACCAAGAUCUUUGAGGACAAGGAGCACCGAGUCAGUGUCGUGACCGAGACCAAGAUCAGUGAUGACAGCUCGAUCAAAACUAUCCUGAGUCUUCAAGCCGCCUUUGAAGGCUACCAGUCAUAUGUUGAGUGCACGAGUCAUGUUGAUUGGCAUGAGACCAUGAAGUUCCUCAAGGUCGAGUUCCCAGUUGAAGUCGUCAACAAUGAGGCAUCGUACGAGACCCAAUAUGGAAUUGUCAAGCGCCCAACGCAUUACAACACUACUUGGGAUAUGGCCAAGUUUGAGGUCUGUUGCCACAAGUUUGCUGAUCUCUCUGAGCACGGCUAUGGUGUCUCGGUUAUCAAUGACAGCAAGUACGGUUUCGCCACUGUCGGCAAUCUGAUGCGGCUUUCCCUUCUCAGAUCACCCAAGGCGCCUGAUGCCCAUGCAGAUAUGGGCACCCACACGAUCCGCUGGGCCAUCUUGCCUCACGAAGGGGCCCUCGGUUCCACGACCGUUCGAACAGCUCACAACUUCAACAAUCCCCUGAAAGUCAAGGCCGCGCCUGCAGCAGAGGUAAAGGCGACCCUGAGCACACAGCCUGUCAGCUUGAAGGGUGACUCAUCCUUGGUCCUCGAUUGUGUGAAGCGUGGUGAGGAUGAUGAAGAUGUUUCCCAAGAUGACAACAUUCCCAAGCGCAAGGGUAAGAGCGUCAUUCUCCGAAUCUACGACAGUCUCGGCGGACACAGCCGAGGCACGAUUUCCACUAUUUGGAACGUCAAGAAGGUUACAAAGACCAAUGUCCUUGAGGACGAUCUGGAGACUGUUUCAGUCAGUAAGGAUGGUUCAUUUGCAAUCAAGUUGAGACCGUUUGAGGUUGCCACCUACAGAUUGGAAGUUUGA